GACUUCAUCUGCUUAUCAGACAGGGCUUAUAGCAGAGAACAGAUAUUGGUGAUGGGGAAAAAAAUGUUGAACAAGCUCAAAUGGAGCAUAACGGUCCCCACACCGUAUGUAUUCCUUGUAAGGUUUUUGAAGGCUGCUCUAUCUGAUAAAGAGAUGGAACAUAUGGUUUUCUUUUUCGCUGAGUUAGCUCUUACACAGUAUUGCAUGAUAAAGCGUUGCUCGUCGAUGAUUGUGGCUCUGUGGUGUAUGCGGCCCAAUGCACCUUACAGAAGAGUCCCCUCUGGAACGAGACGCUCAAGCGAUACACUGGGUUUGCCGAGACAGAGCUCUCUGCUUGCCCUUUUUCCUUGUGUAGAGAGUUUUGUUAAUUGAGCUACAUGAGCCAAUGUGGGGUGUGUUUGUGAGUGAGAGAUCAGGCCAAUGUGGUGCGAGAUCAGUUCAUAAGU